AGAAGGGAAAGGAUAUCUAGUUGUCCAUUUACUUGUAUUUCCGGUUUGAUAGUUUGUAAGAGAAGUGCUUGUUCUGUUUAGCUAAGCCCGAAUCGGGGACUUGCACGAGUACUGUUUAACAUCAUACAAAAUACGUAGAAUUUUUUUGUAAUAUGGCUUCUAAGGCAGAAUUGGCUUGCGUUUAUUCGGCUCUCAUCUUGGCUGAUGAUGAUGUAGCAAUUACAGGCGAGAAGAUCCAGACGAUUCUUAAGGCUGCAUCUGUAGAUGUGGAGCCUUACUGGCCAGGGCUCUUUGCUAAGGCGCUGGAAGGCAUUAGUGUCAAGGAUUUAAUUACGAAUGUUGGUUCUGGUGUUGGGGCUGGACCAGCACCCGGUGGAGGAGGUGGAGGAGCUCCUGUAGCUGCAGCAGCUACAGAGACUGCACCAGCUGAGAAGAAGGAAGAAGCAAAGAAGAAGGAAGAGUCUGAGGAAUCAGAUGAUGAUAUGGGCUUUGGCCUGUUUGACUAAUUCCAAAGACAAACAACAUCUUUAAUUUUGUACAGUUCUAUUGUACUUUGAUAAGGGUAAGAAUAAAACAUUUGAUUUUCAUG